UUGACAGUCUUUUAUCUUUUCUGUUUUCUAGAAGAUUUAUUUGGUUUUUCGUAGUGAACCUUGAGAGAACAAAAAUGGAUCAAUUUUAUAUCUUUGCGGAUUCGGUCGUAAGACGAGCUCAGCGGUUUCUUUCAGCUGAGGAUGGGGACCACGAUCAAGAUGGUGUUGACGGAGCGUUGACACAAGUUGAUUAUUUACUCGGCAGAUAUACGCGUGAUAUUUGCGACAAUUUACCGGAGGAGCGGAGGGCUCAGGAGCUGUUCGAUACACUUAUUGAUUGCUCGAGUGCUUUACGACUUCGACUGCAGGAAGACGAAGAUGGGACGAAAUCUGUUUUUGCCUUAACUGAGUGCACUAAUUCGUAUGGAAGACUUUUUAUUCCCGAGGAUGAUUUGGCUGGUUUGCGAUCUGAAGGAUUUACAGUGAAGGACAUAGCUCGGUUUUAUGGAGUUGGAGUUACGACAGUUAAGCAGCGAUUGGCAGAAGCUGGUUUAAAUAAAAAGUUUUCAACGAUUAGUGAUGCUGAUUUGGAUUUAUUGAUUGCGGGAAUUUUGGAAUCAUUUCCAAAUGUCGGAUACCGUUAUAUUUUUGGACAGCUUAAGACUGGAGGAUUGUACAUCCAGCGCAGGAGAAUACUUUCAUCGUUGCGAAGAAUUGAUCCGUACGGAGUUGCUAACAGAUAUCUCACUUUUGUUCCCCGAAGAGUAUAUUCUAAUCCUGGUCCGAACGCUUUAUGGCACAUGGAUGGGAAUCACAAGUUGGUUCGCUGGGGAUUCGUUAUACAUGGAAUUAUAGACGGAUAUUCCAGGACGAUUAUUUCUCUCAUUGUUGCAACGAACAAUCGAGCUAGUACAGUGCUGGAAGCGUUCCUGUCUGGUGCGGAAGAGUGGGGUGCGCCUUCUAGAGUGAGAAGCGAUUGCGGAGGGGAAAAUUUUGGAGUUGCACGCUGGAUGGAACACUAUAUGGGACCAAAUCGCGCGAGUAUUAUAAUGGGACCAUCGGUUCACAAUCAACGGAUAGAACGGCUGUGGAGAGACCUUGGCCGCGUUGUUAUCAAGUUAUUUCGGUCUGUAUUCAUCCAUAUGGAAAAUAUGGGGAUUUUGGAUUAUACAAAUCCUCGGGACAUGAUGAUUCUGCAUUUAGUCUACUUGGACAGGAUUCAAGAUCAGCUGAAUCAGUUUACUGAGUUUUUUAAUAAUCACAAACUCCGGACGGAGCAUGAGCGUUCUCCAAGACAACUUUUUAUACUCGGCUGCCAUGAAAAAGGGUUAAAAGGUUUUCCGCUGCAGCAACUAUUAACGGCAGGUGACGAGCUGCCUGAAACAGAUGUGGAUGCGCCUCAAGAUUUUCCGGACUUUAUAAGGAAUCAAGUGGCUCAUUCUAGAGAUGCUGUUCCGGUAAUGGACAUCAUCAGUAGCUUUCCUGCUGAAGCUGAUUUCAUAAGGGCGAAUAUGGAUGUGCGAGCGAGUGAUGGAUUUUAUGGAAUUAAUGUUUUUCAAGCAGCGAAAGAACUUUUAGAAGAACAUUUCCACUGAAAGAAAUCGCGUCGGUUUCUUUUCAGCAGUGUAAACCGCAGGCGAUAUCAUGGGUUGAGCCCUACGAUUGUAUGGCAGAAAAGCGCCUAUCGUUAUUCUUCAGUUUCAUUAACACGGAGUUUCGACAGGCAGCUCUGCCAACCGCAACCAAUAUUGCUAUUCGGCAAUCAUAUUUCUCGCGAGUCGCGACAUUUUGCGGAACCUGUGGCCUGUGUCUCUCGGUCAGGCGAGGGACAUGUGGACGGGAUACUAUUCCAGUGCCCGACCCACACAGUGGAAACUGGAAAGUGAUGCUAAACUUAGAUAAACCACACACGGUUUUCUUGUGGCCGUCAAGAUUUGUUGGGAUUCUUAUUUUAAAUUAGCCUGAAGAUAAGCCUCUCGCCUUGGGAAAACAUGAUAUCGUGUCCACCAGCAUGGCGACUGUUCCUGUGGAGAAGAAAAUGCGCAAUAUCCCGCAAUUUGGGCCCGCAACAUCCCGCAGCGCACGGUGUAUUACGUUUGGUUUUGGAGUUAGACGGAAAGGCGGGUUAAUUCUUUUGCGUUAUGCUUCGUAUCUGCCUUAGCACAAUGUCUUUUUGCUGUCGUCCAGACAUGCUGUACAGGAAAUACCCGAUUUGCUGGCUAUGCAAGCAUUUUUGGACAGCGUGAAUUUUUAAAAUUUGUAUGGAUGUUUUUCUUGCAGACGGUGGUGCGGGCUGAUCCCCAUAUUGGGUUGCUGCAUCGCGCCACGGAGAAGUUAAUCAAGUGUAAAACCUACAUGCAGGUUCU